CGGGGGACGGGGGGUGGAGCCCGGGAGAAGAUGGCGGUUUUUCGCUGUAGGCGAGAUCCCUGCGGCGUUAUCUGCCUGAUUUUAACUUAUUUCAGCGUGUUUUAUGCGGACUAUGUGGUCAUACAGUACGUACUCAUCCCCGCCUUCUCGGACCUCCGCUCUCAGUCGUCUCGGAUGAACGAGCGGGGCUGCGAGGGCUGGACGGUGUGCAGUCGCUGCGAAACCUACAGACCCCCCAGAGCGCAUCACUGCCGCGUCUGCCAGAGGUGCAUACGCCGCAUGGACCACCACUGUCCCUGGAUCAAUAAUUGUGUCGGGGAGCUAAACCAGAAGUAUUUCAUCCAGUUUCUCUUCUACACUGGUAUGGCCAGCCUGUACUCCAUGGUGCUGGUGGUGUCGGCGUGGGUGUGGAGAAUAAGGAACGAGCGAGGCGGUGACGCAGAGAAGGAAAGCGAGGAGAUGCCCAGCAAACACCUGAUAGUGGCGCAUUACAUCAUCCUCCUCGUGGAGUCGGUGCUGUUUGGUGUGUUUGUCAUGGUCAUCUUCUACGAUCAGCUGGUCUCCAUAAUCACAGACGAGACUCCCAUCGAGCAGAUGAGAAACAGGCUGAUGAUUAAAGACAGGGCUUCUUCGUCCUCUUCAUCCUCCUCCACCCCCUCCUCACAGCUGCCUCACCACCCUUCACACACCCGCAAGCCGAAGCUGGCCCUGUUGCGGGAGGUCUUUGGGAGAGGGUCGGUCUUUUGCUGGCUUCUCCCGCUCCACUCCAGCCCUCCGUCAGUUGGAGGCAUCACCUACUCCGCCCUGCCUGACUACGACGUCUGACCCGUGGGCACAAGAGGGGACGGAGAGGAGAGAGAAGAAAAAGGGAAGGCGAGGGAGGUUUUUGUGUGCUUGUGUGAGCGCGUGAAUGAAUUUUUUGCAUAUUUAUGAUGUCUUAUCUCUGGAACUGAGGGGGUGAGAGUAAAAGGGAUGAAGGCUGAGGUGUGAAUGAAUGAAUGAAGAAUGAAUAAUGCAAGUGUGACACUCCUCCAGGACCUAAACACAAUGUUUUUGCUCAUGAAAACCUAUUUCUCAUCUUUCCCGGCACAAGGAAAGAGCACUGACCGCCCCCUCCGAUGUCUCCUGAUGUGCAGUUUUAUUACCAGCAGUUAUAGGAAAGAGCUACUGGUGUGACUGGUGUGGCUUUUAGACAGUUUCACACUAAACAGACUGAAUUAAAAAGGUCUAAAUAUAAUGUCCACUAAACCCAACGACAGACGCUGCUAAAGAGACGUAAAUGCAACAUGCACAUCAAGUGCAUCCAAAGCUGUGGGAGGGGGGGAAAUGAGAUGCGCAGUCGCUUUAAUGUUCUUUAAAGAGUAACUCAAAAACAGGUACAAGUCACCUGACCAGGGUUUAAAUCCUGACAGGCGAAGAACAUGACCUUGUGAUUCCUCGUGUUGUGAGGGUGAGUCGAUGCCUGUCUUUCAUGUUCAGUUGAUACACUGAUCACCAUCAGCUCUGCCUUUAACAAUAGAUUUCAUAUCAGCUGAGUUAUGAAACUGAGCUUGGCGUCAUACUUGUGAGACAUCUCUCUGCUUAAAAUUUAGUUAAACCUCCAGAUUUUUAUUCAUGGAAAUUACUUUUCUAUUCAGUUCAAUUCAGAUUUAUUUGUGUAGCGCCAAAUCACAGCAACAGUCAGCUCAAGGGGCUUGUAACGUAAAGACCCUCCAGUAAUACAGAGAAAAUCCCAACAAUCACAUGACCCCAGUGAGCAGGUGAAACUACACGACCAGCUUUGCAUAAUUUAAAAUUAAAAAUAAGCCUUAUUUAUUUUAAAUAAAGCUCCUCCCACUUUAAGACAGCGUUCUUCUCAUUGGCUGCCCCUGGUCACUCUGUGCAUUUGUGUAUGUGUGAAACGUAUCAUUUGUACAGACAGCGUGUAACCUCAUGUGUCCGAAACUUCCUCCAAAUAUGUGUAUGGAGUCGUUCUUUAAUCCCGUGAGUGUAAGAAGAGGAAAACCCGUCCUUUGAGUUACUCUUUAAUUAAAAUGCCUGUGACGUUUCAGCCACUGUGACCAGCUGAUGUCCACUAAUAGUCGCAUAUCAGUCAAAUCCCAGUGCUUUACUGCUUUAUUCAACCAGUAUUUAUGCUGGUGAUUGUUUUACCACUCAAGCUUUCAUUAGCCUCCACAGGAAGUUUCUAAAAUAGGUCAGUUCAGCUUCCUGGUUCAUCUCAGUGUUUCUUAAUCAUACACUGCAGCACGAAAGAGAGACUAUUUGAGUUUUUAUGUACUGUCGAGCUUUAAUUAUUCGGGAUGCACUGGGUUUCCGUUUGUUUUCCGUCCACACUGGUGACGCCUUGUGGUGCAAAACAUGUCAAGCUUUAAAUUUUGUUUAUGCAACUACUGUUUACCAUGGUAUGCUUUGUGGCCAUAAGUACUUAUGCUUCUUCAAUCUACGCUGGUGUUCAACCAGAAAGUUUAUCCACAGGGAUAUUUGUACGUUUUGAUGGUGGGGCUCUAUUGGGAAUAAGCCCUCUAAUUGAAGCAUCCAAAUACUUUUAGUCGCAUAGUUUAUUAACGUGUUUACGUGGAGGGCAAUUAAUUAUCUAUUUUUAUUCUCAUGCUCAACCAAUCUUAAAUUGUUUCUAUAUUUAUAACAUUCAUUUGUUUUAUUCUGAAACAUAAAUGCAUUAGCUUCCUGUGCAGUCAUGUCCAGGAUGACGAGCGUGUGUGGGAAUGCUGAAUUCUUGUUUUGGGGUUUUUGUUUGUUUUACUCCUCAUUCUUCUGUUUGACGUGCUACUAAACUUUGUUACGUUUGCAGAUUUCUUACACUAUUAUUACGCACACAUGCACACACACAUAUAGUUUGGUGCAAUUGAAGGUAUAAAAAAGAAGCUGCUUUGGGGGGGAAAGGAUUUACUACACUGAAAUCUGUUUGACAGUGAAACACAAACUCAGAGUUCACCAGUGAGUAUUCUGCUUUAUCUCAGUGAAGGGACGACUCUUAACUUAUUUAUGGUUUCUAACUAUUCUGUGGAAUUAACUCUAACAAGUGUGGGUUUUUAUGUGAGGGGUGGGGCUGCCUUUCACUGCUGACCUGUUACUUGGAUAUAUUUGAAAGUAUUAAACCUUAAGUGACCAGAGUCGGGCGAUUUAUCAGCACAUUGUAUUUUUUAACACAGGAAACAGUCUCAAAUGGAUGAUGGUGAUCAUGUGAUACAUUUUAUAAAGUAAACUGGUGGCUUUGUAUUGGAAAGAGUCAGACGUCAGACAUGAAGGCAGCUCCACCCUCUGUGUGUU